AUGAAUCCGAUGCUCCAGAAGAAUUCCAGCGUUGCCUCACUGCAGGAGCUGCAGCAGCUUCCGCAGCCGCGACCUAGUGCCGCGCCGGUUUCCAUUGGGCAGCAACAGCAGCAGGGCCAGCAACCUCAGCAAAUGGGUCCAGCAACAACCGCAACUUCGGUGAACUAUGCUCAGCAGCAGCAGCAGCAGCAACUUCAGCAGCGAAUGCUACUUCAGCAGCAGCAACAACAACAACAGCAUCAACAGCCGCCGAUGGCGCCCCAGCAGGCCACCUUCACCCGAGUGCGAAUGGUCCGCACCAUGAACAGUACAAAUGUCCCCAACGUCGUCAAUGUCGUUAAUGUUCCCAGCGGCGGCGGCGGCGGUGGUUUCCGUCAGCCGCUGCCAGCUCAGCUGCCCAACAGCGCCGUCAGCUCCAACAGUCAGAACGUCUUUCAGAGUGCCAACCAGCGGUUUCCCUCGGUGGGGGCAAACAGCGGUGUUGGUGGUGGUGGUGGUAUUCAAGUUCAAACGGUGAACAGCAACAAUAGCAACCUAAAUAACAUUCCAUCGGUGGCCGGCAGCAGCAGCAGCUCAGCGGUCAUCGGCAACAGUCUUGGUAACAACAGUGGUGGUAUCAACAGCAGUCAUGUCACUCCUCAAGUUCAAAGCCAGCAGGCGAUGAUUAAAGGUCAAACGAUGAUGGCUCCUGGGGGUCAGCUGCAUCCGCAGCCACAACAGCAGUCACAGAAAAGCCCUGGCUUCAUUCUUCAUCAGCAACAGCAGCAGCAACAACAGCAACAGCAACAUCAGAAUCAGCUACUGCAACAGCAGCAGAUGCA